UCCUUGUUAUUUUAUUUUUAAUUGAUUUGUGCCCUUUUAUUUUGUUUCUUUUUUUGUGCAAAGUCUUCCAUCCCUACCAACAGAUAUGCCCUAUUCCAUGUGGAAACAAGAAUACAUGCCCAUGUGGGAUCUUCAUCAACCUCUCCAACUACUACUUCACAUUUUCCCUUAAGGAAAAAGCUUAGUUUACUUGAAGUAGUUAAGUGAUGGAAACAUAGAUUAGGAAGUGAUUAACAACAGGAUUAGAGAAAGAGAUGAGCCACCAAACCAUGAUCAUGAUGUUAUGUUCUGCCAACAACCAAAGGCCUUUGAGUUGUCUUUGGUUUGCUUCCCUGUCCCCAUCAACAACUCCUUGUGACCUCCAAAUCUCUGCCACGUUAAUCUUUGCUUUACUUCGAAGGAGAGGUAAAAACCAGAUUUUUAACCAUUUUCUUACAUGCUAAAUCCAAUUUAUAAGUUUGAAGUUUGUAUAUCUGUUAUACUAUGUAUAUUAAGACAACAAUUAAUAUUCAUGGUCUUGAGAAGUUGAGCACGUGAGCUCAAUGACAAACCAAAUAUGAUACCGUUUCAUAAUCCAACUGGUCUCAAAAAGUUGAAUUGUUGAGAAAAUAAUAACUUCAAUACUAAUAUCCACCUCAUUUUUUUAAAAAUAAGUCAAUUAUUCCAACAUGUUGAAAAAGAUCAAUAUAUCAUAUUAAGUGAUUUUGUAUAAAAUAAAUACAUCUCGUACCAUGAAUUAGACUUCAUCCUGCAAUUUUUACUAUUAAUUAUUUCCCUUAAGUUGAAAUUUUUUUUUUACACAUUAUAGUAACUUUAUAAAACCCAUAAAUUUUAUUAUUACUAAAAUCAUAUCUCACAUUUGACAUAUAUCCAAACUUUAUUCUUCAUAAAUUCAAUUUUCUUCCUUUUCCUUAAAAAUAAAAGAUAUUGUCGCGACUUUCUAUGGAUCGAGAAAUCGAAGGAUCGACAAAGCAAAAAAAAAAAAAAAAGCAAGAAACAAACAAGACACACGGAUUUACAUGGUUUACUAACACAAUGUGUGUUAGCUAGUUCACGGACAUGAAAGAGACAAUUUCACUAUAGUUCGAGAACAUACAAAUUACAAAUAGGUAUGUGAAAAUAUUUAUAGCACUUCUCCAUAUGAUCUAACUCUAAUCCAAUCUGAAAAAAGAAUAAUGUUACAAUCAAGUUUUCUUAACUUAUAUUCGUAACCCGAUAAUCCGAUUCAAAUCUAAAUCUCCAUUAAUCAGUAUUGUGAGUUACGGCAGAACUGCAACGGUACCUUUACCGUAACAAUAGUGCCUGUCUUACAUCUGGCACGAUCGUCUCCUCUCUAUCUCAUCAUUUCCCGCUGCAACAGCCACCACUUCAAAACGAAAGGAAGAACCUUCCUAAACCCAUAAAUACCGCAACUCUGUCAGUCGUCCCUUUCCCCUGCUCCAACUUCCAAACCACCAAACGUCUCUUCUUCUUCUUCCUCUUCCCCAAUUCCCUCUCUCUCUCUCUCUCUCUCUCCGAAACAAUGAGGCCGUCCAAAACCCAGCAAUCCGCCAUCAACGCCAAGCUGAUCUUCACCUCCUUCUUCCUCCUCUGCAUCCUCUGCCUCAUCCUCUGGUCCACCUUCUCCUCCCCCACCAACCCCGCCGCAACACCCGCUUCCACCCACGUGACCUCCGAUUCCCAAUUCGACGAUCAAUCCACCAAACCCUCCUGCCCUGAAAUCACUUCCUCCUCCUCCGCCGCCGCCACCUGCUCGAAAGCGCCGCCGUCGCUGGCCAACGCUCUGGUCCACUACGCCACCACCAACAUCACCCCGCAACAAACAUUCAAAGAAGUCUCCGUCUCCCUCCGCGUCCUCAACUCAAAAUCCCCCGCCAAUUUCCUCGUCUUCGGCCUCGGCCACGACAGCCUGAUGUGGGCGUCGCUCAAUUACGGCGGCCGGACGGUUUUCCUCGAGGAGGACAAAUCAUGGAUCGAGCAGAUCCAGGGGAAGAUUCCUUCCCUCGAGGCCUACCACGUCACCUACGACACGAAAGUUCACCAGGCCGGCGGGCUGAUGGAGGCAGGGAUCGGAGACGGCGAGUGCAAAACGGUGUCAGAUCCGAGGGAGUCCAAGUGCCAGCUGGCGCUGAAGGGUUUCCCGGCGGAGAUUUACGAGAUUGAUUGGGAUUUGAUUAUGGUGGACGCGCCUACAGGGUAUCACGAUGAGGCGCCGGGGAGGAUGACGGCGAUUUAUACGGCCGGGUUGAUUGCGAGGAACAAGGAGGCAGGGGAGACGGAGGUUUUUGUUCACGAUGUGGAUCGGACGGUGGAGGAUCGGUUCUCCAAGGCGUUUUUGUGUGAGGGUUACUUGACGGAGCAGGAAGGGAGGUUGAGGAGGUUCACGGUGCCCAGCCACCGCGCUCGCCCCGGCCGGCCGUUCUGCCCUUGAUCGGAGAAACAGAGUACAGAGAAAACAGGGGCGAGGAAUUUGUUUUGUUUUUUUUUUCCAUUUUAAAUCGAGUUGGUAAUAAACUAUAUUCUCUUGUGGAUGGGAAAUGGAUGUUUGGACUUUGGAUUAGCAUAUUGAUAUUCAACAUUAGUUUUUAACGAUUUCAAUAUACUUUAUUUUCAAUUAAGUUCGUAUUAGGCGAUCGUGUUUGACUAACUCGUUCUGAUAUGUUCGUAAGAUGAAUUGUUGCUUAUACAUUAUGAACGAGGUUUCUCUUGGACCAAUUUUUUGGGGCAAUUUUGUCAUGAUGUGUAGAUUUGAAGCUUUAAGUUUAAGUUUAGAACUUCUAUUCAUGAUUGGGUUUAACGUGAGGAAUACUCUACCUUGCUUUGAGAGGAAGUCACAUACCUAAGCAUGGGUGUUGGUUCACUGAUUUGAUUUAUGUACUCAACAAACAUAUAUUUGAAUA